AUGCAGGCCAGUCAGGGCCGGCCGCCCUCUCCGGUCUUCUCCCAGCCCCGGCCCCGGGUGCCCCGGUCCCCCGCCCAGUCCGCCCAGGUCCGGGUCCGCAACCGCCGCCGUGAAUAUCUAGAGCGCAACCCGUCCUAUUUCGAGUCCUUGGAGCACGAGUUGGCCGAUCCCCUGCUAUACGACUCCCUGAUCCGCCGCUUCCAGUCUCCGGCAGACCGCGAGAAGGAAGGCCGCAAGAAGGGCUACUCCCGCGUCCUUGAGGUGGACCUGCUCCGCGGCGAGGCCAAACUAACUCGAGCAAGGGCAACAAACAGCCGUCGUGAACCGUCAGGCACCCACGUCGGCGGCGCGGUGGAAGCGCCCACGGUCGCAACCAUGGGAGACCGCCUGGCCCCGCCCGAGACCCUCGACGAGGGACGCGAGAGGUGGAGGGACUUUCUGAGGCGCCGGUUCGUCCUGGGCCGGGACGAGGAUUUCGAGUACAGGGCUGUCGACGAAAACGACGAUCUCGACACCCUCGAGAGGCGCGAUGCCGUCGAGGCCUGGUUCGAUGACGAGGAGCCCGGCUGGGCGAGUGACCAACUGGAAGAUGAUGGCGCUGACGACACAGAAAUGAAAGGCGCGAGGGCGAAACCACUAGAGGGCGAAACUGGUAUACAAGACUUCUGA